AAACGAUGCUUGUGUUUGUAUUGAGGCACUCUUUCCAUCUCUACUGUAUGAUUGAUUGAUUGUGAGUGUGUGUACACGGAUUGUUUUUUGUGGCUCACUCAUCAGUAGAGCCUCGAUCCAAAGGAUGGAGUCCAUGACACUACUUGUUGUGGUUUUGGUGGUAUGCCUUGUCUUUUCUUGUUGCGCCGUGGCGGCGAUGGAGUGGUUACUACCACGUCGCCAUAAAUCCUUCCACAGUCGAUUUCUUCUUCGUGUUGGGCUUCCUCUUCGGAUUCAUAUUCCAACAAGCCAUCCAUCACCGAGAGGAUGCACUCCCCCGCCAAUGACUCUUCCUCUCCGUCACUGUUUGGUUCAUCGUCAUCGUCAUCUUCUGCGGUGGAAAAGGAGUAGGAGGAUGUCACCGACAUGGUCCACUCCUCUACUGCAAUUUUGUUGUUGCGUUUAGUGUUGGGUUCCAAGACUUGACAGAGUUCCGACAGAAUGGCGCUGGCCACUUGCGGAUUGUCUGGUUUGGCAGUCUUCUGUUUCCUCAUAACCGAUUCUUUGUUCUUACUGUCGUUGUCUGGUUCUUGUUCUUCGUCUGGGUAGUACAUGUACGUCUCCAAAAACUCUCGGAACGUCGGAGGUUCUUGUGCCGUGUCUGCACUCCGACGACGAUGGUGUUUAUCCCAAUACUUGAAUCCAACUAGUCCAACUGGUACGAGCAUCAUGAUGGCAGUGUUGUUUGUUUUGUUGUUGUGGAAUGGAUGAAUAAUGUGAUGAGAGCAAGAGAGAAAUCAACACAACCAUCAACCAUUCAUCAGCACAAGCACCAAGCAGAAGAGACGGAGUGGAAUGGCAGUCUCUCAAAAUUGUGAGCCUCCAGACAAUUUUGAAACAAAAGGAGAAAAAUGAGGUGAAAGCGUCAUUCAGAGACUUAGAAGGCAAGAAAACGGUCUUCAAGAUUGACCCCACACGUCGGGUUGUUGACGAGACGGCGAGCCUCCACAAAGUUGCUGGUGACGGCGAAAGGGACCAACCAUUCAUCAUCUCAUCGAACGCUACGGUAGCUAGCUAGACAAUCGGGGUGUUCGUUGUUGACAUAUUGGGUCCUACUGGUACUGGGAAGAAGAAGCUGAAAGAUCUCGUAGUUGGUCACCUUUUGGCAGCAAGUGUAGGUUUGACCAAGCCCGUCCACUUUCAAGAGCCCUCAAGACGACUACAGGGUACUAGCAGAGGACGGAGAGUGAAUAUUUGGGAAGAACCAUAAUGUCAUCGUCAUCCCCCAUGAUGGAGCAAACGCUGCUUCGUGUCAAACGACGACGGAAUGAACAUCCUCCUUCCACAAUUCGACUCGAGCUGCUGGGCGGUUGGAAUCGAACGAAUGACGAAAAUGAUAGUGACGGUGCCAACAGUAACAACAACAACAAGACUCCCUUGCGGUCCUCUUCCACAGCCACAUUGGCCGAUUCCCGACACUCCAACAUGUCCACUUCGACCAAUCAAACUCAACCUGUCAACAAUACAUCAUCAUCGCGUUACACCACGGCAGCCGCCGUCUGGAAACGAGUCGAAGUACUCGAUGCAGACGGGCCAGCAGCGGCAUUUACCGGCGAAAAGCGCUGUCGCGUCGUCGAUGCUAUUUUAGAGGGCGAUGGUCGGAGUACGAAGCGACGCAAAUUAACGGUACUGGGGGAGUUCAAACAAGACAAUAAUAAUACUGACAACAAGACGAAAAAGGCCAAAAAAUCCAAUAUCUACAAAGUGUUGGAUCCCGUCACUCGGUUGGUCGACGAUUCACUCAAUAUGGUCCACAGCGGUGACAAGACGGUGGGCGAUCAUUACAAUUUCAUCACUACCGAUCCUCGGCUCGCCACGGAAGCACGGUCGCAUUUAUUAUAUCGCAAUCGCGGUGGCACACUCUUGCAUGCGUGUGCCCAAUGGAAUGAUGUCGAAACGGCACAUGACUUGCUGCGAAAAUCACUACCGGGGAUGGCGGAUGCCGUCGAUGAUGAUGGGAGAACUCCGUACGAAACGGCACAAUUGUGCGGUCAUGAAUCCAUUGCGGGAGUGCUAGAAGCCUUUGGAGCCGACACGACCAAUUUUGUCUACGACAUGUUUGUGCCAGAAGAAAUUCAGGUAGUUUCGGCAACUACUAGCAACAACAACAAUAACGCACCACAACAGCUACAAUCCGCUUCUACCACCAACAUGAGCACAGAUUUAGAAGAAGAAGAAGAGCCAUGGGAUCCCCUCAAAAAAUCGGCCGUGGAACCGAUGGGUACUAGUACUACCAAAAGUUCCAAUAAUGGAGGAAACGGCAAUCAUCCGCCAACGCCCGACUUGUCUCUAGUCGAUACGAGUCGGCUACUCGAGCUGCAGGGAGGAGUUGGAUAUUGGACCGAAGACGGAGAAUUGAUUUUGGAGGUGGAACAUCAUCAUGUCGUUUCGGCUGAAUAUGGACAUGAUUCCGAUGAUGAUUAUGACGAGGAAGACAUUGACUCCAAUUGCGAGGAUUACGGUGGAAACGAUUACCCAGAAGACGAAUCCUGGGAUCAAGAGUUCCUCCAUGAAGAACCCGAUAUUGAGGAUGAUCCUUACAACCCGACGACGGCGGACGAGUAUGACAUGUGGUGAUGUUACUUCGUUGAAUAGAAAGACAAGACUACCGUAGAACUGAGGAUGUUGUUGGUAAGGAUAAUCGAAGUUAGAGGGAUUUGCUAUUCGCUAAGAGUUCGUUCGGUAUCGCAGAGU